CAUCAUCCCAUCUCAAUCUCAAGGAAGAUAAGCACCAUGUCUGCACCCUCAUUCGACCCCAAGAACAUGCAGUUCCGCCGGCUGGGCCCCUCGGGCCUGCGCGUCUCGCUUUUCUCCCUCGGCGGCUGGCUUACGUACGGCGGCCACGUCGACGAUGCCGCCACCAAGGAGAUUCUGCAGACGGCCUUUGAGAACGGCAUCAACACCUUUGACACGGCCGAGGUGUAUGCGCAGGGAAAAUGCGAGGUCAGCAUGGGCAACGCCAUCAAGGAGCUCGGCUGGAAGCGCGAGGAGGUCGUGCUCAUCACCAAGAUCUUCUUUGGCACGGGCAGCAAGGACCCCAAUGGACGGGGCCUGAGCCGGAAGCACAUCAUCGAGGGCACAAAGGCCUCGCUCAAGAGGGCCCAGCUGGACCACUGGGACGUCGUCAUGGCCCACCGCGCCGACGCGUCGACGCCGAUGGUCGAGAUCGUCAAGGGAUUCAACCACCUGAUCGAGCAGGGCCUCUGCCACUACUGGGGCACCUCAGAGUGGACCGCGCAGCAGAUUGAAGAGGCCUGGGGCGUCGCGGACAAGCUCGGCCUCGAUGGCCCGCUGGCGGACCAGUCGCAGUACAGCGCCCUGCACCGCGAGCGCGUCGAGCGCGAAUACAGCCACCUGUACCGCAACCGCGGCAUGGGCCUCACCAUCUGGUCGCCCCUCGCCGGCGGCGUCCUUACGGGCAAGUACAACGACGGCAUCCCCCAGGGCUCGCGCUUCGACGUGCUCAAGGACAACUUUAGCGACACGCUCAAGUCGCUCCAGUCCGACGAGGGCAAGGCCAAGCUGGAAAAGGUGCGCAGCCUGACAAAGGUCGCCGACAAGCUCGGCUGCUCCACCGCCACGCUCUCUCUUGCAUGGGCAGCAAAGAACGAAAAUGUGUCGACAGUCAUUCUCGGUGCGUCCAAGAAGGAGCAGGUCCUCGAGAACCUCAAGGCGCUCGACAUUGUCGAAAAGAUCACGCCAGAGGUCAACGACGAGAUCGAAAAGAUUCUCGACAACAAGCCGACGCCCAUCCCUCACUACAACCGUCUCUGAGUUCUAUUCCCUCUUCUCAUCCUUUCCUCGAGCCCAGGUACUGCUCUCUUCACCAAAAACAAAACUCCUGUGAGAAUAUAAUACAUUACGGAAUUGAAACGAGCCUACCGCUUCGAGCUGGGUAUCGGGUGCU